GCAAUAUAUCAUACGUUUGUUACAAGUUUAACUGACAUUUCGUUUUUGGAAGGUUUGAUUUUAAUGAAGUCAUUGUUUUAUUUUAUCUUAAGAGUCGUGUUGUUUUUCAGUCUGUGUCUAUUUUUAUCCCUCGUUGCAAUGGACCCUCAGAAAUAUCCCAAAUACUCUGAGAUCUCUUCGUUUUUCCAACAUGAUGAUAAAAUCUACAAUUUUUAUGAACUUUUCGUCUUUCAUUCACAAGAGUUGGAUUAUUAUUGUUCUACUGCAACAAUUAAAUCUACAAAAAAAAAAACAAUCGCUGAAAUUCUCACAUCAACGUCUCAAUUAUAAGAGCACAGAUCACCAUGUAUGGAUUCCUACUGUGGGGACAUUGCGCCAUCUAAUGGAUCAAGCCGUCAUUGCAACAAAGAAAUGAGCAAAUCAACGCAACAUUAUUGUUUACGGAUGAUAUUUCUUUCCGACGUUAAUGAAAUCAGUAGAGCGAAUGCAAAAAAAACAUAGUCCUUCUGAAAAUAACUGGAUUUGCAACACAAAGAGUAUUUUUGCAGCGGUUAUAAUGUAUGUUUGCCACACCUACCCACUAUCAAAGACCACAGGUGGUGCAAGACAAUGCAUCCUUCGCAUCGCCUUGAUCGUAUCCUUGAGCAGCGUUAAAUGGGAAAAUGUUUACUAUACGUGACGCCUGUUUAUGCUGUAAUUUAAAACAAAUGUCCAAUCUAUCGAUGGUUGAAUACACGAUAACACCUUGAUUUUUUUCUUAAACGUUUAAAUUGAGUUGUCUCUAGCAAGAACCUUAUGCGCAUGCGUGAAGUUAGCAACCGAAAGUCAAACGCCUUCCAUAAGAUUUUAGAUGAGUUAGAUCAGUCGUUUACUUUGUUUAUUGUCGUUUUAAAAUUUAAAAUAUAAUACAGAAAAUAUUAAGUGAAGUUUCAUAGUUUAAAAUGAAUUAAAAUUCAUAUUUAUUGUGUUUUCCAUAGCGUCGUGGUGUUUAUUAUCUUGAUACUGUAUCUUCUUUGGUCACGUGAUUGAGUUUUCCCGUUUAGGUCACCUGAUUUGUUGUGUCGCUGAUCAGGAAAAAUGGCUGCCCACCUGUCGUACGGCAGAGUGAACCUAAACAUACUCAGAGAGGCAGCACGGAAAGAGCUUCGAGAGUUUUUGGAUAAAUGCGCCGGGAGCAAGGCUAUUGUUUGGGAUGAAUAUCUGACAGGGCCUUUUGGACUGAUAGCUCAGUACUCUCUACUGAAGGAACAUGAAGUGGAAAAGAUGUUCACCCUCAAGAGCGGCAGGCUCCCCUCUGCUGAUGUCAAAAAUAUCAUCUUCUUUGUCCGCCCCAGACUGGAGCUUAUGGACAUCAUCGCUGAGAAUGUAUUCAGUGAGGAUAAGCAUCAUUCAUCAAGAGACUUUCACAUUUUGUUUGUGCCUCGGCGGAGCAUGUUGUGUGAGCAGCGGCUGAAGGAGCAAGGCGUGCUGGGAUCUUUCAUCAACAUCGAUGAGUAUAUCCUGGACCUGAUUCCCUAUGACGGUGACCUGCUCUCCAUGGAGUAUGAAAGUGCUUUCAGGGAAUGCUACCUGGAAAAUGACCAAACAAGCCUGUACCACACAGCCAAAGGCCUUAUGACCUUACAGGCACUUUAUGGCACAAUUCCACAGAUCUAUGGGAAAGGAGACUGUGCACGGCAUGUAGCCAACAUGAUGCUGAGGAUGAAGAGGGAGUUUGCUGGCACUCAGAACCAGAUUCUGCCCGUGUUCGAUACUCUCCUGCUCCUGGAUCGUAACGUUGACCUGCUCACCCCGCUGGCCACGCAGCUCACCUACGAGGGGCUCAUUGACGAGAUCUAUGGAAUCAAUAACGGUUAUGUCAAACUGCCUCCUGAGAAGUUUGCGCAGAAGAAACAAGGAGAAGCGAGUAAAGAUUUACCCACAGAGCCCAAGAAGUUACAGCUCAACUCAGCAGAGGAACUAUAUGCAGAAAUCCGGGACAAAAACUUCAACGCAGUUGGCGCAGCACUCAGCAAGAAGGCCAAAAUUAUAUCUGCUGCUUUUGAGGAACGCCAUAACGCUAAAACAGUGGGAGAAAUAAAGCAGUUUGUGUCUCAGCUGCCUCACAUGCAGGCAGCACGAAGCUCCCUGGCAAACCACACUUCAAUAGCCGAACUGAUCAAGGAUAUCACCACAUCUGAGGCCUUUUUUGACAAUCUAACGGUGGAGCAGGAGUUUAUGACUGGUGUCGACACAGAUAAGGUCAACACAUAUAUAGAAGACUGCAUUGCCCAGAAGGAUCCACUGAUCAAGAUUCUGCGUCUGGUGUGUAUGCAGUCAGUCUGCAACAACGGUCUUAAGCAGAAAGUGCUGGACUACUACAAGAGGGAGAUUCUCCAGACCUACGGUUAUGAACACAUCCUAACACUGAACAAUUUAGAAAAGGGGGGUCUUUUGAAACCACAGACAAGCUCAAGGAAUAACUACCCCACUAUUAGAAAAACCCUUAAACUGUGGAUGGAGGAUGCCAAUGAGCAGAACCCCAACGACAUCUCAUACGUGUACAGCGGCUACGCUCCGCUGAGCAUCCGACUGACGCAGGUCUUGGCGAGGCCCGGGUGGCGGAGUAUCGAGGAAGUGCUGAAGAUGCUUCCCGGCCCACACUUUGAGGAGAGACAACAGCUUCCCUCUGGGCUACACAAGAAACGCCAACAGGGGGAGAAUCGGACAACGCUGGUGUUCUUCCUCGGGGGAGUGACGUACGCCGAAAUAGCCGCCCUCCGUUUCCUCUCUCAAAUGGAAGACAGCGGGAUGGAGUAUAUUAUUGCCACCACAAAACUCGUAAAUGGCACGACUUGGAUCAAAUCCCUCAUGGACCGGCCUGAAUCCCAGAUGACCUGAGUCACCUGCAUGUGCACCUGGCCACAUCAAACGCCCCAAACAUCCAUCAGAAAAGCUCAGCGGCUGUUCUUCUGUCCACACCAGUGCACUGCAGGUGUUUCAUUGAUGUCUGUGCUGGUUAAACAGCAACAGCGUCUUUAGAGGUUCCCAGUGGAGUUUUCUUGCAGAUAGUCAUGUUCAAGUCUGUGUUUCUGAUCAAGACGCAUUAUUUGUGUUUCCUAAUGGCCUGGCAUGUGUCUUGCACCACCUGCGGUCCUCAUGCACGUUCAAGAUUCACUUGUAAAAACAUUCCUCCUUCUUGCUUCUCGUGAGCUCCACUGGGUACCUUUCAUAUUUAUCCGGCCGUUGAUUUGCACCCAGACAUUACAGUGUAAAUCUGGAUUAUUAGUGUAGCCUGUUGUACAUCUAUUUGUCCUCUGCUUAUGUCUCCAUUACUGAAGCUUUACUGUGGAGCUACUGUAUAUAUGUAUGUAUGUAUGACUACAACCUUUGAAAUGUUUAUGAUAAUGUCAUAAGAUGCAUUUUGAUUUGCAUUUUUAAGAGCUUUUCUUGGCAUUUUUGUAUUUGUUUGUUUUGUGUGGCCUUUGCUGGGGAUAAAAAUAAACUCUUAGCUCACUGAAAUUA